UGCACGCGCUCCCUGCUCAUGUCCAGAAACUACGAAAAGGAGAUGCCAAUACGAGAGUGAGAAAGGGAGAAUCAGGGAUUCGACGGGUGGAGAAAGGACCCAGAUAUCUUUGGUAGAGAAGGAGUAUCGAGACCGAGGAAGAGAGCAGAAUAAAAGAACAGUUAAAGUUAAAGGAGGAAGGGUAGAGUGUACCAGGAGCUCGCUUGAACAGUUAUAGCAAAAUAUUUGGUACUGUAUCGUAUUAAUUGCAUCUAACGUUUCACGGUGAGUGAUUCGAAUCUAUUUAACGACUUCGAAAUCAUAGAUUUCCGUUUAACGUUCCCUUCGUCUUUCGAAUCUCGAUAUUUAACGUACCUGUCGCAAAAAAUGUCAUGCCUAACAUUAAGUUACAAAGUUCAGAUGGAGAAGUUUUCGAAGUGGACGUAGAUAUUGCAAAAUGUUCAGUUACCAUAAAAACCAUGUUGGAAGAUCUUGGCAUGGACGAUGAAGAAGAAGAAGUUGUUCCUCUACCUAACGUGAACUCUGCUAUUCUUAAGAAAGUGUUGCAGUGGGCAAGCUAUCAUAAAGAUGAUCCACCACCUCAUGAAGAUGAAGAAACCAAAGAGAAAAGAACAGAUGAUAUCAGUUCUUGGGAUGCAGAUUUCUUAAAGGUUGAUCAAGGUACACUCUUUGAAUUAAUCCUGGCUGCAAAUUAUCUGGAUAUUAAAGGACUUUUAGAUGUAACAUGCAAAACAGUAGCCAACAUGAUAAAAGGCAAAACACCCGAUGAAAUUCGGAAAACGUUUAAUAUUAAAAAUGACUUUAGUGCAGCAGAGGAAGAGCAAGUGCGCAAAGAAAAUGAGUGGUGUGAAGAAAAGUAGAUCAACAUUUGAGAGUGUUGAACAUUUUGAUAUUUGAAAAUUCAUAAGCUAAUGCACCAAUUGUAUAUUUUAAGAGUUGCUUUAAUUGUUCCUUAACAGAUUCCUCGAUAUUUAAAUAACUUUCAGUUAAUGCACCACAUAGUUUCUACUUACUAUUAAAAAUUAUAUGUGUAUUGGUUUAUUUAUCCUAAAUUUUUGUAUAACAUUUAAUAAUACUAUUUACAGUGUGUGAUAAGAAUUACACAAAUAUAAAUUCA